AUGAAUGGCGGGAAGCAGACGGCGGAAACAGUGAUCCUCCACCGAGGGAGGAACCUUGGGGCCCCGGUGCUGUGGUUCUCUGUUUUGGUGCUCUUGCUGGUAAGGAUUCUUUGGAGGCCCUUUGUCCUGAACCCUGCCCGGACCUUCCAGUGCUUCUACUGCGGCUUUGUUGCGGUGAGCCUUUGCUGGAACCACCUGGAGGGGCAUCGUAGCUUCUACCGCUGGUUCCAGAGUUCUGGGAUCCGGCCCAGCCAGCGGAGGGGCCUGGGCCAUGCGGGCGAGAGGAUCUAUGGCUUGCUACCUGCCCCGUGGCUGAGCCCAAAUCAACAUGACGCUGUUUGCGCCCUGCUUUGCCUCAGCCUCCUGGGCUCCUGCGCAAGCUCGGCCCCCCGCAGCUGUCUGACUGUUGCGUUUAUUUCUUGGUUCUUCUACUACUCCCAGAUCUUCUGUGCCACCAAAGCCGGUGGUCAUGGGAGCACUUUGAUCCCAGGCACCCUUCUGAUGCUGGCACUUUCUCCAAGCAUCGACGACGCACACACCUGGGAUGCUAGAGAUGCCUGGUGGGCGCUGGACUUCAUCAAGUUGCAAGUGGCAGGUACCUACUGCGGCUCCGGCCUCUGCAAACUGGCAGGCUCAGUCUACUUCCGCCAAUUCUGGGGGAAUGGUACAACACUACAAGCCUAUACAUUUGAUGCCAUGUGGUCACGACCUGGUGGAGAGUUCACCUGGCUUUUGCAGGCUUUUGCGGUGCAGUCCCCUAGAAUACUUGUGUUGGCAGGUACGCUCUCGCUACUUUUCGAGGUCUUCUUUCCAUUGGCGUUGACCUCGCAGACUGCUGGCGUUGCCUUUGCCUUUGCUGCUCUCGGCUUCCAUACAGGUGUGUACUUCUUGCAGGGCUUCGACUUCCUGUCGCAGUGGUGCCCGGUGAUUCUGCUGUUUGCGAUGCCGGGACCUGUAUCUGUGCAAACCACGUGGGAAUCGAUGCAGCGUGGUGCUGCAAGCAUAGGCAGCCAUGAUGUUGGCCUCACCAUUUGUUUCUUGUACACGGUAGCUUCUCUUUUUGUGUCUCUGGCCAUGGUGGACGUUUGGUAUGGGGAAGUGCCACCAUGGUCAUGCUGUCCCAUGUUCCUGGUGCCCCGCAAUGUUUUUGCUCCUCAGAUGCCCCGGUGGUGGUGCAUGACUGGUGUGGCGCAGCAGCGGGAGGCAGGCUUCAUGGAUCCGUUGAUUUAUUCGCCGGCAAAUGCCAAACACUACUUGCCAGAGGAGGACCUCUGGAAGUUUCCUUACAAGAUCCUACAGUUCGGCUCUUUGUCCCAGGUGCCCAGGAGCCUGCAGAAGUUUGUACGCAAAGAGUGCCUUGGACAUCAAAGCCGGGUCCUGUACUUUGCAAACUUUCCGAUUGGCGAAGACCUGCAGAAGGCUUUGGACAGGAUGGUCCAGCUCAGCUUCGAGUACUCGCCGAAGGAUGCUUGGAAUCAGCAAGCUCUACGGGAGAUCGUCCAGCAACAAAGGUUGUGCCGAUACUUGUUCGAGCAGGCUAGUCCAGUUCAGACCAAGGCUGACUAG